CAGAAUCAAGCAAUUGCAAGAAACCCGAUCACUCCAGUCCUCAACAUUCUUGAUAAUGACAGGCAAAGUUGUCAGCCGUGAUGAGUGGCUCGCCGCUCGAAAAGCUCUGCUCGAGAAAGAAAAGGAGCUUACACGAGCCAACGAUGCUCUCUCCGCACAGCGUCGUGACCUUCCCAUGGUCAAAAUAGACAAGACCUACACUUUCCAGGGCCCAGACAACACCAGCGUCAGCCUGAGCGACCUUUUCGAAGGCCAUGAACAGCUGAUCAUUUACCACUUCAUGUUCAAGCCAGGUGAUGACGAGGGUUGCCGUGGCUGCAGCCACAUGGGAGAGUCGCUCCCAGACGUGCGUCAUCUUCGCCUGAAGAACACGAACCUGGUAUGUGUGUCCCGCGGCGAAAUUGACAAGCUCGAAGCCUUCCGAAAGAAGAACGGCUGGACUUGGCCUUGGUACUCCAGUGGCGACUCCGACUUCAACUAUGAUUUCCACGCGACCAUGGACGAAUCCGUCUGUCCGAUGCAGCUCAACUUCCGCAGCAAGGAAGAGAUGGAGGCUCAAGGUAAGAGCUGGUACACGGGCGACGUACCCGGCUUCAGCGUAUUCCUGAAGAAAGACGGUGAGAUCUACCACACCUACUCAACCUUUGCCAGGGGCGGAGACAAAUUAAUGCCGACCCUGGCGCUCCUCGACAUGACGCCUCUCGGCAGACAGAUUGGACAAUAUGGACCCGCCGAGUUCAAGUUGAAGCAUGAAUAUUAGUCUAGUCAGAUUUGGAGAAAAGCUGUUCAUUUGUAAUGUACGCUCAUUAGCUGAAUAAGUAUUUUCAGGUGUGUGUUCGUAGUUAUUAGUACUCAAAAUUGGAACCCAUUUUUCUCA